AAAAAUAAAUAUAUUCAUGGUUACUACCAACCAAUCAACAACAACAAAUAAUAAUAUUAGCUUCUGCUUAACUAAUAGUGAUUUUUCCCCUUCCUCUUCAUUUAAUUUUCCAUCAAAAACAGAAAAAGAGCCAUUAGUAUAUAACCAAAUGAAUAAUUUGCGUCAAAAACGCCGUGAACGAUUUUAUGUUGAGAAAAUACGUGAUAUCCGAAAUAGAUGUAUUUCUUCUACAAAUAACGUCAAAACAUCUUCAUAUUCAUCAGAACAACCAUUACAAGUAUUUUCAUCAUUUUCUAAGAUCUCUGUUGGCCAAAAUCAGAAAAUGGCUUUUGAAGAAGAAAAUAAUAAAUAUAAUACUUUAACUUCUUCAAUUUCUUCACCUCAUCUUCCAAUUUUUGUUUUAAAAUCCUUCAACACCCAAAACAUUAUUAAACAUUUAUUAAUUAAUAAACUUUUCUUCCUCUCCGUUAUUUUCUUUAUUUCCUCCCUUAUUUUGCCUGGAUCAGCUACACCAAUAAAUACGGACUCCCAACAACAACCAAUUAUUUUACCUGUUGGGUCAAUCUUUAUUUUGGAAGAUAAUUUAGCUAAUGAAUUAUCCCCAAGACAACAAUUACCGUUAUGGAUGCGCGCAGAUCUUAGUAAUGGAAAGAAACGUUUCUUUGGCAUUCCACAGAUUAGAGAUGUUGGGAAAUAUCAAUUAAUGUUUUUAGAUGGCCGAAAAAGUUUAUCGUUGGAAGUUUCUGAACUUCAGCCGAGCCCUUGUCCUGCUGGCAUUGCUCCGGUUUGGCUAGAGGUGCUUGAUCCGAGAGAAUAUCAACGGCUUUCAAUGGAGGAACAAUUAAAGCUCGCCGAUUCUAUUCUAGCAACUUUACACAAAGCAGAUGUCACUUUUGUUCAUCGUGAAAACUUCAGAAUUUUUCCAUAUAUUUAUUUGGAACGCUACCGAACUGUUACUGAAGAAAUUUUGUCUGUUCCAGUUAUUCCAAAUACAUCACUUACAGCUUUGGUUUUAAAUAUUAGUUGUGGAGAGUUAAGUGAACAAGCUAGUGAAGUUAUUAGUGUUGUUGCUGACAAUGAGAAAGGACUUGUUUUUAGAGUAGUUGAAGGUACAUUAAUAAAGCAAAAAGUUGAACAAAAAGUGGACGCAACAGAAAAAAUUGAAGAAAAUAAAUUAUUGAAAUCAAAAGACAAAGAAGCUUCCUCCUCUUCUUCCUCUUUUCUUUUAAUAAUUGGAAUUAUUUUAUUUAUAAUUCUUCUUUUAAUUGCUUCAUUUCUCGCCUUUAGAUGGUUUAAAACUAAACAGCAAGCUAAAAGAAGGAAACAAUUUUUGGAUGCAAAUUCUAAUAAAAAUGGCACUACAACCCGCCCCUCAGCUUUAAACAACAAAGAUAAUUCAACAAAAAAUAUUGCAGUUACAGCUCUUUCCCCCGAUUCAAUGAAAACAUUAACAACUCCAAUGUUGGAAGGAAAUGAAAAUUGUUCUAAUGAAGAAACAAAAAUAAUUAAUGGAAAUCAUUAA